GCGCUUAGCAACACUAUCGCAGUAGGGGGUGCGAAAAAUAACGGGAGCAAAAUGAUAUUGCGCUCUUGGGAUCGGGUUAAGCCCCGAUCCAUGUCGGAUUUUGCCUGUUUCCUCCUGGUGGCAAUCUUUGUGCCCGUUACGUACAUCUUCCAGGUGACCGUUGUGCUGCCGGAGCUGUUUGCCAUCGGGGGCCUUUGGUACACGCUGCUCUGGGUGGCCAGCCUGUUCCUCAUCUUUAACAUCACCUCCAACAUGCUGGCCUGCAUGCUGGUGGACACUACCAUUCGAAUGGAGCUACUAAAGCCACCGGUGGAUCCGGGAAAGCUGGCGCGGUGGCACAUGUGCCACGAUUGCCAGACGCUGGUUCCACCUCGCUCCUGGCACUGCGAAGUGUGCAACGUGUGCGUGCUGAAGCGGGACCACCACUGCCGGUUCACCUGCUGCUGCAUCGGACACCACAACUACAGGUACUUCUUCUACUACCUGGUGUACAUGAUCGUCGGAUCCCUGGCGGCCGCCAUCAUGGAGAGCGUAUACCUGUGGCACCUCCACCCGGACAUCUACUGGCGCUGGUCCACUCUGCUCACCAUCUGCGGUCCCAUCGUCAGCCUCUUGCUGUUUCCCAGCUGGGAGACCUUCUAUGUGGUUAUCUACGACCUCACCCUGCUGGGAUUCGGCAUAUCCUCGCUGCUCCUGGUCUUCCACUGGUCGAUAGUCAGGAGCGGUUCGGUGACGAGGGAGCGCGGCACCAGGAAGUUCGAUCGCGGCCUGCGAGGCAACCUGGAAAUGGUGCUCGGCAAGCGGAUGCAUCUCACCUGGCUGUCGCCAUUUCUACGCAGCGAGCUGCCCCACGACGGGGUGAACUGGGAACCCAUAGCCGCCUUUUCUCCGAAAGAGGAAUAGUUCAAGAUUGUGCC